AUGUCGCUCACCGACGACGCCGCGGCGGCGCAAGCCAUCCACGCGCUGGACGCCCUAACGCCCGACCAGCGCGCCGCCCAAGCCGACCUCGCGCGCAUUCUCCACGCCGACACACCCUUCGUCGACGUCCACGAGCUGUUUGCCCUGGUCGACACGCUGUAUUUCCGUGCCACGCUCCGCGCGCGCGUCGAAGUCUCCUGGUCGUCGCGCUUGACUCUUUGCGCUGGCAUCUGCGAGCUCGUCAAAAACGCCCAGGGGAAAUACACGCGCAUCCGCCUCAAGCUGUCCGAGCCGCUGCUCAAAUUUCGCCCGCGCUCCGACACGGUCAAUACCCUGCUGCACGAGGCCAUCCAUGCCUACUUCUUCGUCACCUCGUUCUGGCACCACUCCCGCGACGACAAGUCCGGGCACGGUGCUGCGUUUCAAAUGCUGGCCUCGGCCAUCAAUGGGCACGGUGGUUUUGAUGUGACCGUCUUCCACGCGUUUCACGAUGAGGUUGACAGCUACCGCACUCACGUGUGGUUGUGCGAUGGCCCCUGUCGAGCUAGUCCGCCCUACUUCGGGCUCGUCAAGCGCAGCAUGAACCGAGCGCCUGGCAAGAGUGACAGCUGGUGGUCCCAGCAUCAGCAAGACUGCGGCGGUGCCUUCACCAAAAUAGCAGAGCCUGACCUGACCAAGAAGCAGAUCGACGCCCUGAGUGUGAAGGAGAGAGCCGGCCGCCAGAAGAACAAAAUUGACCGUUGGAUCAAGGUUGCUCCCAGCUCUAUUGGAUCUACCCAAGGGGAACCGCCCUCGACCCAUGUGAACCCAACCGCCCGGGACUCCAGUGCUAAACGGGAACGCAGCGAUGAGGAAAGCAUUCCAACCCCCCAACAAAAGAAAACACUCCUUGCUUGCCCCAUUUGCGACGUCCCCGUCACCGAGGACACCGUUAACGACCAUCUUGACUCUGUGCACGGGACUGGCUGA